GCGGGAAGGCAGAAAGGAUGCGGGGAGGACUUAGCGACUUUCAGAGAAUUUUCAAGGCUCCUCUUGGGAGCGGCCUCUACUUGGGCUGGUGCGUCCCGCUACGUCCGCAACGCCAAGUCCAGGCCCGCAGUCACCCAGGUGCAGAGCAAGAUUGAAGGAGACAGCGGAAGGACUUUCCCGGACUGUGUUGUCGCUCAACGGACCACGCCAAUCACCACGCAGCUUGCCCUCCGGCCCUCCUCUUUGGGGGCGUGUCCCUAGUGAGUGAUAGACGGAGCCGCCCGGCCCCACUCAGCCCAGCCCACGUUGCUGCUUAGAUUGAAAUGCAGAACUCAAGCCUCUUUCAUCGGGGCACAGACUUCCUUUUACUCCUUCCUUUUGCACUCUCGCCGCCUCCUCCUGGGGAGAAGCGGAGGCACAGGCGGCCCGGGGCAGCGACAGGCCGGGCCACUGAGGCCACGAGAAAAGUUUCUUUCUGGGAGUGCGGAAUUGGGGCCCGGUUGGUGUACUGCUCGGAGCAAUGGAGCCAGCCUUUGGGGAGGUGAACCAGCUGGGAGGAGUAUUUGUGAACGGGAGGCCUCUGCCCAACGCCAUCCGGCUUCGCAUAGUGGAACUGGCCCAACUGGGCAUCCGACCGUGUGACAUCAGCCGCCAGCUACGGGUCUCUCACGGCUGCGUCAGCAAGAUCCUGGCGCGCUACAACGAGACAGGCUCGAUCUUGCCAGGAGCCAUUGGGGGCAGCAAGCCUCGGGUCACCACCCCCACCGUGGUGAAGCACAUCCGGACCUACAAGCAGAGGGACCCCGGUAUCUUCGCCUGGGAGAUACGGGACCGCCUGCUGGCGGAUGGCGUUUGUGACAAGUACAACGUGCCCUCGGUGAGCUCCAUCAGCCGCAUCCUGCGCAACAAGAUCGGCAACUUGGCCCAACAGGGUCAUUACGACUCAUACAAGCAGCACCAGCCCGCGCCGCAGCCGGCGCUGCCCUAUAACCACAUCUACUCGUACCCCAGCCCCAUCACGGCGGCAGCCGCCAAGGUGCCCACGCCGCCUGGAGUGCCCGCUAUCACCGGCUCGGUGGCCAUGCCACGCACCUGGCCCUCCUCCCACUCCGUCACUGACAUCCUGGGCAUUCGCUCCAUCACCGAUCAAGGCACCAAAUGGUCUCCCAGCUGUAAGCAGUUUUGUGUCAGCAUCCAGCAUGGCUCCUUAUCCUACCCCGGCCCAAGUGUCGCCUUACAUGACCUACAGUGCUGCUCCUUCUGGUUAUGUUGCUGGACAUGGGUGGCAACAUGCCAGUGGCACCCCACUUUCCCCCCACAACUGUGACAUUCCCGCGUCGCUGGCGUUCAAGGGAAUGCAGGCAGCCCGAGAAGGUAGCCACUCUGUCACGGCUUCUGCACUCUGAUGGGAAAUUCCAUCUGCUGCAGCUUCACCCAAGUCCCCCCUCUCAGCACACCCUCCCCCUCUUCCCUGGUCUCGGAUCCCACCCCUCUGCCCUCCAACCCUCCUGCCUCCAAAGCUGGCUUUACGGACUCACAUCCUUUGUGCUGAUGACACUUAAAUAUUUCUUGCCAUAACUUCUCUCUCACAGAAAGCCUGACACGACUUUAGGAUUUAAAAACAAAAGCAAUGUUAAGGACUGAAUGAGACAUUUGUAUUGCCCACACACUGUUUGAACGUAGUGAAGAAAUCUGCACCCCUCAAAGGGCUUAAGGAACUUUUAAAACUAGUCUUUGGUAAAACCACAUGUGUAUAUUUAUUCUAAAUCAACCUGAACUUUUGAAACGUGCAAUUGUUGAGAUUUUUGCAAAAUCAAUAAAAGAAAAUGCAUAUAGAAAAAAAGUUACGCUACACCCUCUAAUCAAAUAAGGUAACAAAAUAAGCCUUAAUUCAUCAUUAGGAAACCAAUCAAUAAUUGACUUGUUUGAGUGAUCCUUUAUUUUUAACAGAUCUAUUUUGUUGAAAAAUAUAUGUAUAACUCAAGCAAUAUCUGAAUUUAGCUCCUCCUGGUGUCUUGACCUGGUUCCAAAUACAGUAAUGUUUAUAUUUUCUAUUAGUUUGUAAAUAUGGACUCUGGAUGGUGCAUUUGUAUUUUCAUUCCAUGUGAUUACCCCCCCCCCCCCAAUUUUUUCCUUUCUUUUUGCAAAGGUGACUUUCUGGCAACAUCUCUUUCUCUGUUUGGUGGUUGGGCUGCUUGGGCUCCGGGACCUGGACUUGCCCCACAUUUUGUGUGUGCAGUGAAGGCUUCAACAUCUCAUGAAGGACUUUUUCUUUCUACGACAGAGGACUCAAAACACAGAUAAAACAAGCUAGUCUCCCAUUUUGUAUCCCAAUCAAACAACACACAUGCCAAGCAUAUAAGGACAAGAGGGUGGAAAAUAUCUGAACAAGAAGACUCUAAAGGAAGUCACUUAGAAAUCUAAGUUUAAUGUGAAAUGCUUUGCAAAGACACUUAAAAUGAACUUUAUGUUAAGAAAACCACUGUGAAACUAAAUUGUACUGUUAUUGUUGGCUUACCUGUGUGUUCAGCAAUCUCAGCCCAAAAUUACAUUGUAAUUUUUUAAAAAAUGGAAAAUUCUGCUUUAAUGAAUGUAAAAAUGGCUUGCUGUGAAGUUUACAUUGUUGUACAGAAGCAUGUUUCACGUGUAGGUAAACUGGUGGUGGUGUUAGAAAUACAAAUGCUAUUUAAUUUUUAAAAAUUCCCUUUAUUCAUUUUUGGAGUUACAGGACAGUUUAAUGGAUGGAUCUUUUUAAACCAAUUUGUUUUUCACUUUAAUGUUAAUAAUAGAGCUGAGGAGUGUGUGUGUGUGUGUGUGCGCGCGUGUGCGUGAUUAUGUGUUGUAUUUUAAAACAAUUGAUAUUCUUGGGCAAAAUUCUACAGUUAUAAUCUCUUCUGUUUGGAAAGUUCUUCCUUCUUGGCAACAUAGGCUUGAAAAUAUGUUUUUAAAACAUUGGUACAAUUCAUCUAUUGGAAAAUUAAUAUAUUGUGGGUUUUUUGGUAUUAAUUCUGUGCAAUAACAGGGCACAUCACUAGAUAUGGAUGUUCAAAGAUACGUUCGUUAGGUGACUUUGAUUUUUCCUUCCUGUGCUGUGCACAGCCCACAUGGCAAUCCUGUUCUGUCACAUAAGUUUCACGGCCUCGUUUAAAACUCGGAUGGCUAGAUUAGCUAGGUUUUCAAAUCACUAGGAUGUAAACAGUAAGGAGAUUUCUGACACACAAGUUAUGUUUGAGGAACUCCUUCUUUCUAGCAGCAGAUAUCUUAUAGAGAGCUUUGAACUGCAUUUAUUUCUAAAGCAAGCGAAAUUCAGCGCUACAAACAGAGGAUUAUAACUUCAGGAAAAGAAUAAGCAGAAGGAGCAGAUGAACUCUCAGGGCCAUAGUCUUCCUUUGAUCUUGUAAAACUCCUAUUGACAUCUGGAGUUCCCAGUCUGCUGAAAAAAUAGACUAUAAACUGAAUGGAACAAAAUACCAGUCCAAUAUUUGGGUGGAGACUUUAAAACCAUACUGUACAGGGACUCUCCUGCCAUGCAGAGAAACUGGCAUAAGGUACAGAAUUAUUUCUUAUCAGAUGUUUUUAGGUGGCUAUUAGGAGUCUUUAAAAAAUACCAAUUGUUUGUAUGAAAACACAAUGAAAUGUUAUUUUCUUUAUCUAAAUUAAGAAAUCUCUUGUUAUCCUAUUUAUAUAUAUUUUUUCUGGUUCUUGUGUUUUUAAAAAUCUAAUGUUAAUCGUAUCAAAGUUUGGGGUUUUUUUGUUUUUUUUUUUUUUGCUUUCCUUUUUUUCCCCUAGGUCUUUUCUCAGCAACAAUGAAUUCACAUGGAGUAAACUGAAAAAGAUAAGAGAAAGCCCAAAUACAAUGUGCUACUCAAAGCACAUUGUGAUCUAAAGCUAUUUUUAAAAAUAAGAGAAGGAAAGUGGGAUGGGAUAUGGGGUUAGGAUUGUUUGAUUUUUAAACAUUAUUAUUACUGGUUGAUGUUGACAUAUUUCCUGUUUCUUACGGGGGUAAAAGUGUUGUUUUUAAACCAGCAAAUGCACUCUUCAGAGAUCCUUUUCCAUCCCAUCCACAUGGAGAGGUUAAAGGUUCAAUUUCAUGGCCUCUAUGCAGGCCAUGCUCUCUCUCACAGGAUGCCAGAGUAUUACCUGCAAGGACAGAAUGCAGUUGUACAACAGACACAUUCUAAUUUCUCUCAUUUUUUCCUACUUUUAAUAAUCCUCUUAUUAAAUAUUGGGCUGAAAUAUAAAUUAAAAAACACGUUGGAAAGGAUGUACAACUGAAGGCUGUGUAUGUAUAUACAGUAUGUCAAAAAGCCUUUAUUUUUAUACUUCAAAUGCUCUAAAUUAAUAAAAAGUAAUAAUUACCA